GCUGCCGCCCGCGCGCGCCGUCUCGUCGUCUCCCACCACUAGAACUACCCCACUUGCGCCUGCCGCGGAUCCAGCGCGGUUUGACGCCCGCGGCGGCGUGCCCAGUCCAGGCCCCCAAAACACGCCGCGGCUCAUCACCGACGCCAUGUCACGUCCCGUCCUUGUCAACCGCGCUCCCGCCCGCCCAUGCUGGGGGCAGGCAGACACGCCCAAAUCUCCCUGCAUCGAUAUGUAUAAAACGCACAACCGCCUGCCGGCCUUGCUUCCACCUGCCUAUCAAGGACCAAGAAGCAGCAGCAGCAGCACCACCACCAACCAAACCGGCGCGCGUGUCCGUGCCCGUGCCAGUGCCACCGUCCACCGAGCAGCGGAGCCCUAGCGUACGUGCUAGCUGUUGGCGCGGCAGGGCAUGCCGGGCAACGGCCUGCCGCUGCGGCGGUGGCUGGUUGCCUGCGUGCGCCCGGCGCGGCGCGAGGCGCGGCUGGCGGUGUGGGGCGGCGGGGGCACGCGGGGAGCGGAGCCCGGGCAGGCGGCGGGGGAGGUGAUGGUGGAGCACCUGGGCCACGUGGUGUGCCGCGCCGACGGGUUCCGCGUCGGCCGCCCCGCGCCGGUGCUGGGCAUCGGGGACCGGCUCGAGGCCGGGCGCACGUACCUCGUCGUCCCUGCCGACCGCCUCCCUUGCGCCGCUGGCGGGACGGGCGGGGUCGUCACCGCGGCGUCGCUCGCAACGCUCUCGCGCGGCAAGCGGCAGGCGCCGGCUGGACCACGGAACUGCCCGUUCGAGUACGCCAAGGACGGCGACGGGCGCACGGUGAUCAGGGUCGCGGAGGAGUUCCUCGUCAGGGCCGUCGCGGGUGGCGCCAACGCCGGCAGGAAUGGAAAGCCGCGCGGUGGGGACGGCGACGGCGACGGCGACGGCUGCGGGUCGGCCGCGCUUUGCAGCACGCCUGAGCUGAGGAAACACUAUGAGCAGCUGGUGGGCGCCGUGAGGGGCCGCCCGUGGUCGCCGCGGCUGGACACCAUCGCGGAGCGCAAAGGGCGGCGGAGGCUCGCCGACGUCGUAAGCCCCGGGAGGCUGUCGCCGGCACGAUUGCUGGGGAUGGGCAAGGACAAAGGGCUCAGCUUCAGCUAGCACCUAGCAGGUACAGCGGCAUGCAUCAACCAAGAAAAGAAGCCACCGGCAAGGACCAUCUUAGUCUCAGGCGCACCUGUUUUUUUUUCCCUCGACAAGGGUUUGCACAGCCACCUCUCAGUGUAACUAAACUAAACACAGCUAUAUUCAGAUUGUCUCACCGAGCCUAGCUAUUCAUUGUUAUCA